AUGUUUAAGUCUUCAACAUCUUUAAGCUUGAAAAGUGAUACUAAAAUUACUGAAAGAUCGAUAUAUACAAUGUAAACAAUUAGAACAACAAGAGAAAGUUCUAUUUAGUUAAAAAAGUUGGAAAAAAAUGAAACAUAGUAACAAGCUCGGGAGUAUUAAAACAAUAGUUGUUAGUAUAAAGAAAAAAAGUUAGAUUUCAAUAAUAAUACGCAAUAAUUUAUUAGAAAAACCUAUAAAAAUGGAAUAUUAGGAUCUGAUAACACUGAUUAAAAAAAAGAAGCAAGACUAAUCACAAAGACGAUGUAUACUAAUUAGCAAGAAUAAAAAUAAAAAGAAUUCAUAAAAUUAAUAACCAUCGGUCUCUGUUUGGUAAUGAUAUCAGUAAUAAUCUUUCAUAAAAAAGAACCAUAGCAGAUCAAAAGCUUAUUUUGA